GGUUCCUUGGUGAAUCGCUCUCUCCACAGAGCUCCAGAUCUCCGCGCUCUCGGACACAUGGUUAAAGUUCGGGUGCAAAUAAAACAGCAGUAAACGUGAAUAAACGCCGUCUCUGUGUGUGAAGCAAGGUGGACUGGUGAAAUGCGAAAGUUUUGUGUGGAUGUGGGAAAAUACUUUUAAUCUUUCGGAUGGACAGUUUUGCAGGGUUUGCCCCCGGGAUUUUGGAUGGAGGAAUAAAGACCCACGGCGCAUGAGUGGUGUUCAGAAUAAACUGUGCUUUAUAUAAACGGCUUGUAGAAAAUCUGAUCAAAAGGCUGUGUUUUGGAGAUGCGCUGGAUUUGGGUAGGAAUUGCACCUCUGGCACUGUUAGUGUUGGUGAUACUGUUUUCUGCCGACAUCUGGAGGAGAGACCAGGAGUGUCAUGCGUCUGAGAGUGGAGGACGGAGAGAAUCACCAGUUCGAGUCAAACGAUUCGCCAUCAACCCGCUGGGCUACAAGUGGGAGCACUUCAACAUCACCUACAAGAUCACAACGUUCCCCAACACGCUGAAUAAAGACGACACCCGUAAAGCCAUCGGUAUCGCCUUCACCAAAUGGAGCGACGUCUCGCCUCUGACCUUUACAGAAAUCACCAGUCCUAACAAGAGUGCUGAUAUCAUUAUUGGUUUCUACACGUUUAAUCACACAGACUGCUGGUGGUCUCCGCUGCACCCCUGCUUUGACGGGCUGAACGGAGAGCUGGCUCAUGCCUUCCUGCCCCCGAGGGGGGAGAUUCACUUUGACAACCACGAGUUCUGGAUCCUGGGCAAAUCUCGUUUCAGCUGGAAGCAGGGUGUAUGGCUUAAUGACCUGGUCCAGGUAGCAGCCCAUGAGAUCGGUCACGCUCUCGGUUUGUGGCAUUCACGUGACCCCAGCGCUCUGAUGCACCCCAACGCCACGUACACGGGGCAGCGAGACAUCGCUCAGGAUGACAUCUGGGGGAUUCAGCGUCUUUAUGGCUGCUUGGAUAAGAAGCGCGUGUGCGACCCCUGGGCGCGGUUAGGCUUCUGCGAGAGUAGACGGAGUUUCAUGAAGAAACACUGCCCUCAGCGCUGUGACCUGUGUUACGAGCCCCCGGAAGCUGGGUCGACUCCCACUCCUCCUCCUGCUAACGUCAAGAUCAAGAUGGUGCCUCGGGGGAAAGUAGUGGGCUUCCGCUGUGGGACCAAAAACAUGAAAGUGCCUCCAAAAGUCAGGUGGUAUAAGGAUGGAGAACAGCUGCUGACCUCCAUCCCUGGCUACAUAGCCAUCAAAGAUCGCAAUCUGCGCAUCGUGGCUAACGAAUUCAACGAGGGGACAUACACAUGCCAGAUCCACCGGCGCGGCAGUGUCAUUUCAGCUAACUCGUGGGCCAUCAGGCUGAAACCCGAGCGUCCCUCGAACAACAGUUGAUGGUGACGGAGAAGCACUUACACUACCUCCUGCACUCUCGGCCACUCAGAACGACUCAUUACCUCACAUUCAGAGUCUCUCAGUGGAGGAUUUCAUGGACCGGGUUCAUUCAGUCGACUCAAGCUGCAACACAAGGGCUGUAUGAUAGAAACUUUAAAAAAAAAAAAAAAGUAUGCAUAUUAUUGAUUUGUUUCUUUGCCGAACAGCAGAAACGUAUUUUUAUUCUCUCAAGCUCAUGACAUCAAGGUUAGCGACUUAAAAUAGGAUUACGGGAUAGCAUUUUAGAAAUCCGUUGUAUUUUUUAAAGCAAAAACGGUUCAGUAUCCUGUCUCAAAGUGCUCCAGUGUGUUCUUGCUACAUGCAGGCCUGACCCCCCCCCACCCCUUUAUAUUACAGAUUACCUUUUUAUGUUUAUUUUACAAAAUAUACAGUAAACAAGACAAAAAAAAAUCAGUGAGGAGACAUUUCAUAAGCCAUGCUGCAAAACAAGAAACAGGAAAUAGAAAGUAGUAGAGAAUCAGACUCUGUGAAGAACAUCCACACAUAGUUAACACAUUUGCAUUUUUUAAUUUUUGUAUUAAAUCUAUAUUUAAACAGUCAUCUAUUAUGAGAGAGGAAUGAAGCAGCUGCGAGAACUUUCUUUUCUUUUCUUUUUUUUACUUGUAAUUAAAGGAAUGCAUCAUAAACAUG